AAUCAAGAGAGAGCGAGCGAGCGAGAGAGAGAGAGAGAGAGAGAGAGAGAGAGAGAGAGCGAGAGAGGAAAAAGUUUUGAAGGGAGGCAGGAGUGUGCUGGAAAGCCCUGCAGUCCCGUUUAUAUGUUGCUUUAAAGUUUUUCUUUCCAGUAAUUUUUUUGUUUUGUUUUGUUUUUGUAUAUAUAUUUUUUCAUUUUAAUAUAUAGAUAUUAUAGUAUAAUUUUAAACAAAAUAAUGGAGCUGUUUUGCUGCGAGGUAGACACCGUCAGGAGAGCCGGUCCAGACCCAAACCUACUGUAUGAUGACCGGGUUUUGCUAAAUUUGUUAACCAUAGAAGAACGAUUUCUACCACAGUGUUCUUAUUUCAAAUGCGUCCAGAAGGACAUUCAGCCUUUUAUGAGGAGGAUGGUUGCGACUUGGAUGCUGGAGGUCUGCGAGGAGCAGAAGUGUGAAGAAGAAGUUUUUCCCUUGGCUAUGAACUAUCUGGACAGAUUCUUAGCCGUGGUCCCCACCAGAAAAUGUAAUCUGCAGUUGCUGGGGGCAGUUUGCAUGUUCCUGGCGUCCAAAUUGAAAGAGACAUGCCCCUUAACUGCAGAGAAACUCUGCAUCUAUACUGACAACUCCAUCAAACCUCAAGAGCUGCUGGAGUGGGAACUGGUGGUCUUAGGAAAAUUGAAGUGGAACCUUGCGGCAGUGACUCCACAUGAUUUCAUUGAACACAUUGUGAAAAAGCUGCCCCUACCCAGCGAUAAGCUGCCUUUGAUCCGCAAGCACGCGCAGACAUUUAUUGCCCUUUGUGCCACAGACUUCAACUUCGCAAUGUACCCCCCUUCGAUGAUAGCAACUGGAAGCGUUGGGGCUGCUAUCUGCGGGCUUCAGCUGGACGAUGGAGAACGGACGCUUUGGGGGGACAACCUGACUGAUCUGCUGGCCAAGAUCACCAACACAGAAGUGGAUUGCCUGAAGGCUUGCCAGGAGCAGAUUGAGACAGUGCUGGUGAGCAACCUGAGGCAGGUCCGUCAACAGCAGCAGCAGCAGCAGCAGCAGCAGCAGCAGCAACAGCAGGGGGGAGGCAGCAAGGCAGUGGAGGAACUAGACCAGGCCGCCACCCCGACAGACGUCCGAGACAUCAACCUGUGAGAAGGACGAGGAGGAGGAGGAGGAGGAGGGCAGCAAAGCAAACAAACCAGAAGAGAACGAGCACCCACUGUUCUUUUUCCCCAUAUAUACAGUAGAACACGGCUAAAGCUAUUUUAGAUACAAAAAAAGAAGAAAAACUGAAUUAAAAAAAAACGCUCUUUGGUGCAUCGUACAUUCUUCAGAAGGGAAACCCACCAUAACUUUUGCAUAGUCGCUGUUUUCGAUUGUAUAUCCAUUAUAAAAUUAUAUUGCAAAAUAAAUUCUUUUUUUUUAUUUUUAAAAAAAGGUAAAGCGUACAGAAGCAAAAGUAAUAAUAAUUAGUAGAAGAAAUAUGUGGGAUCAAAUUAUUAGCUCCUCUGUGUGUGUGUGUGUGUGUGUGUGUGCGUGCACGCAUUAAGGUAUUGUCUGUAUGUAUGUCAUUGUGUUGGUUUUUGUGUAAAUGGACCAGAUUUUUUCUCUUACGGAAAGAGCCUGUGUGUGUGUUUGUAGGUAUGCCUGUGUGUAUGUGUGUGUGUUUGUAGGUGUGUCUGUGUGUGUGUUGGUUUGUAGGUGUGCCUGUGUGUGUUCAUGUGUUUGUAUGUGUGUGUGUGUUUGUAGGUGUGCCUGCGUGUGUGUGUGUUUUGUAGGUAUGCGUGUUUGUGUGUGUGUGUGUGUGUUUGUUUGUAGGUAUGCCUGUUAGGGGAGGUCCCAGAGAAAGGGGAGUGCCCCAGGGCAGGUUGAACCAUUUUUCGAUGCAGAAGAAAUGCAAGUGGUGUUUGAGUACAGUAUGUGAAAUCUGGUAUUAUUAUUGUUAUAAUUAUUAUUGUUAUUAUAAUUAUUAUUGUUAUAAUUAUUAUUUUUAAGCAACUACUUCUGUCACAGUGAAGGCAUUUGUCAUUAAUAGAGACUUCAGUAAGCUUUUUUUUUAUGUGGGUGUCAGGAAAUAGCUGCUUUAUGGUGGGAGGGUGCUUACUUUGCCAGCUUUUUAUGUUACACUGGCGUGCUUCUCUUGAAAAUGGUUCAGUGGGAUUCUGGCAACACCUUAGGCUUUUGAGGGGGCUGAGCCUUCUUGUUUGACAGUGGGGUGACCCAAGUGGAUAGUGUGUUUUCGAUCUGAAAGGUGAGGAGUCGGGUGAGGGCACAUGUGUGCUGUGCAUUCAUGCAUUGAAGCCACUUCACCCUAGUGUGGCUGGAGGCACGUGCUGUACAAGGCGACAGAAUCUUGAAAGGCUUAGAAUGUGCUUUUAUUGUAUAAAGUGAAGGCUUCAGGGUGGAUUUCAUCAUUGGGAAAGAACCCCAAAGCAUGAUAUCUCACACCGGUUAUGCCGGAGAAUGCUGCUGAUUGGGGGAGGAGUAUUGACAGAUGGCAGCUGUGUGGGGGAUCCCUGCUGCUGCUGCUUCUGCCCCACUUUUCCCAGCAACAAAGUGACUCUGAUACCUUUUUGUUUUGUUUGUAUGUUUGUAUUUUGCUGGACCAUUUUCAUCACUAUAUUGCACAGUUAAAUUGGCAGUGGAAGCAAACAGGACUAAACACUGCCAUGAUAAAACAAAUGUUUUUGUAUAUACCGUAUAUACAGUAGUGACAGACAGACAGAUAUACAAGGAUGUUUAUAAUGUCACUUCAAUAACUGCCGUGAGAAAAAUCCUAACCAAAUUAAAGUGUUGUUCGUCAAGAAAUGUUCCCUGUAAAAACAGUACAUUCUGCUGUUAUGUUGUUGAGGGAGGCCCUUCUUUAGACAAGUGCAGUCUAAGCAGUUAAUGCAAUACAAUAGACAUGAGCUACCGAACCAUCUCGGCUCAAUGGUGGUUUUUGCCCCAACAUGUUCAGGCCCAAUGUUUGCUGUGCAGUGAAUGUUGGUUUUGUUGUUGUUGUUGUUGUUGUUGUUGUUUUUCACAACAGUAGCACAGUGUGACUUUAUAACCAGACUUGUACAAGAGGCAGUGUGGGAUUGUGGGACACUUUUCAUCUAGUCCAUAGUGUUGAUCUGUAGUUAGGAUUAAUGUAGAUCAUUUCAUUAGAAAAGCACUUUGAACUGUACUCCCAAGGGAUGAAUGGAAUGGUUAAUGAAAGUCUGCCGAGGGAGAAGUAGAGAUGGAGGGUUUUUUUUGUUUGUUUGUUUGUUUUUGUUUUUUUGUUGUUUAUUUUAUUUUAUUAUUAUUAUUUUUUUUUUGUAGGGCUGGUUUCCCAUGUCAGACGUUCCCAUAGAGAAAAAUAAAUAAAAAAUACCAUUAUAAUACGAGUGUUUUCCCCGGAAGAAACGCUUUCAGAACCAUUAGCAGACCACUGCAGUACCAUCAGUGGUAACACAAUGGAUUUGGGGACAAAUAUAAUAUGGUCCUGAUGUAGUAUAGUGGUUCUGGUAUAGCACACAGGUUCUAACAGGAUACUGCAAUGGAUUACCAGCAGUGUGUAUAGGUUCAUAGUAGUGAUACUAUUAAUAUUUCAAAGUAUGAGAAUGUUGCCACUGUGGUAUCACUCUACCAAUGGUGCAUACCCUUGUAUUACUAUUGCCUCUUCGUACAGAACCAUUGCAUUGUAGUUCCACUGCAUUGCCAUUGAAGAGCAUGUGGAAAGGGUUAACAUUGGGAAAGGUGUUUCAUAACAUUCAACACCUGCUUCAGAAGACAUUCCAGUCGCAACCUUCCCAAAACGUGACACAGAAUAAAAACCUGUCGAUUUUAUUGUUAUGAAUUUUGAAAAUAAAAGCAAAUUCAGUGCUAAUGCUAAAAAAAAUAUGAGGUUACCAACAAGGUUUGCAAGGUUUUUAUUAUUAUUGUUAUUUAAAAUUUUUAUUUUUUUUAUUGAUCAAAAUUUUUUAUUCGUUUUUACUUGAAUUUUUUUUUUGUCUGCUCCAUCGUUAAGGCAUUUAGAUGGUUAAAACCGUGGCAAUUUUUAUGUUUGGUUUUGCACAUGUGCUGAUAACAGUUCAAGUUAAAAAAAAAAAAAAACUGAAGCUGUUCUUUAAGUUGCUACGAGAAGAUAAAGAUGGAUGAGCAGUUUUUUUGUUUUGUUUUUUUGGGGGGAAAGGGGGUGGGAGGGAGGAGGUUCUCUGGGUUUAGAUAUUCCAAAGCAUACAGUGCAGAGGGGUAGAAAGUGGAUUACGAAUCCGUAUUUUGUUUUAAUUUUUUACUAUUAUUAUUAUUUUUUUUUUUGCGCUGCUAAGAAGCUAUUAUUUGUUUCAUUCUUAUACACAUUAACAGUACUUAGCUGUAAUGUUUCACUGUGUGAGCUGCUAUUUUAUAAACAUUUGUAUAAUAUAAUUAUUUUACUGCUUAAAAAGUUUUAGAAUUCGGAAGUAGGUGGUUGAGAAGAAUAUACAAUUGAGUGCAUUGAUUGACUGGAAAUGCUCUUUGUACAUUUAGUUUUAAUAGCAUGUUUCUUUUCCUUAUCACAUUCUGCAAAGAUGGCAUACUUACCUCAGGUUUUCUGGACAAAAAAAAUAAGAAUCAUUUCCAUUAUCACAAUACCUCACAACGUUACAGUUUUUCAGGGAGCCUAGCGGUGUGGUUAAAGCAAGUUAGCUGGUACUAUUUGUUCAUCUUAAAGACAGAUGCACAGGGAUGCAUAGAGAUUGAAAGAGUAUACGGCUCCCAUCUGGACUCAGAACUUUGAACAUUGGAGGUGGGGGGGGGGAUAACCGGGCCAUAAACUUUGGAAUGCAAUUUCUGGUCAUUAAAACUCAUUGUAGUGCCCAGGGGUUCAAGCAAUAUUUUUGGUGUUUUCAAUGAAAUGUGAAUCUUUAUUCAGAGCAGAGAGUUACUUGAACCUGUUAAUGCCUGUUAAUGCCCUGUUAAAAGCAUGUGGAGCCACUCUAAAAUGCAGGCAUGAUAGCCAUUUGAUUACAAGUAGCGAAAUUGCCUUGAUUUUUGUAUCAAAAGGCUAUAAAUAAAGUGAUUUAACAUGCUUUAUAAUGGGUUGGUUCAAACUUUUUGAUUACAAAAAGAGUAUUUUUGACUACACACAAAGAGAUUACUGUAUCUUCCUGUAAAUGUCAAAUUUAUGCCACCAACUAAAAAGCCCACAAAAUGGCACAGAAUGUGGUGCCAACUUAAAGUAAUGCAUUUUCUGUGGCCUCGUCAGCGUGGGUGUCUUGCCCCAGACGCCUGUCUUGUGGAAAUUGCUAGCAAGGUAACGGAGUUUAUCCCCCCACACCCCCACAAUCAUUACCAUGUACCUCAGUCACUGUCAGUUGCACAAUCUCUGUUCAAUAAACGUUUGCUUUAAUGAGUGUGAUGCCAUAUCAGUUCAAUGUUACUCUCUUUACAUUUUUUUGCUCUUAAGUGAAGUCAACAAAAAAAAGCAUAAAAUAAAAUGGUGCAGAUGUAAAUAAGGUAAAGGCGGGGUUGAGAAAGAUGUAGCUAUGAACGAAGAGGGAGGGAGGGGGCGAGGGUGGUGUUUGAGACCAGUGGAAUGGAUAAUAUCUCAGACUAAUAAUAUUCUAAAAAUAACAAUACAGGGCACCCAUCGAAUAGAGAAUGGUGAGGGAAGCAUUGUGUAUAAUGAGAUUAGGUCUUCCUAAUAUCCCUUUAUGCUCUUGAAUGCAUUUGUCCCUGUGAAUCGCAGUGUUUAAGGUUUUGUUGGUCUGAGGUAAGACUGGCGGUAGUAGAAUAACAAUUUCUUGUCGGAGAUCUUUUCUGUUCAGUAUUGAAAAAGCUCUUAUUAAAUCUGUUCUUUUUUGAUCUGUUAAAAAAUGGGAUUUCUUUAAAAGCGUUGUGAAGGGUAUAGACUUGAUGUAUGGACAAUAAACUCACCAUGAACAAG